AUGACCAGUGGCAUGAGCAUCACUCCCCACCCAGACCUGCUCCAUGCAGGGGUGUCCCCGGGGAGUUUCCAUACGGUCUCCUCCCGCCCGCGGCCCCGCGCCCCCUCCAACUCCCUGGCCUCUAAGCGGGUCUGCUUCUACAAGAGCGGAGACCCGCAGUUCGGUGGCCUGCGCAUGGUCGUCAACGUACGCACAUUCAAAACCUUCGAUGCCCUGCUGGACGCCCUCUCCAAAAAAGUGCCUCUGCCGUUCGGUGUGCGCACCAUCACCACGCCACAUGGGACCAACUCCAUACGUGCCUUGGAGGAACUGCAGGAUGGGGGAUCAUAUGUGUGCUCUGACCGGAAACGGGUCAAACCCCUCAACCUUGAACAAGCCAACCGGAGGCAGGUGCCCUGGAAUACCACCAGGCCCAUCAGUGCUUGGCGCAGGGGAAACUUGAGAACCAUACCCAGGAGGGCCGACGUUGCCAUCAGGCCAGCCAGGAUUAUAGACAGGACCAUUGCAGUGCGGACUCCAAAAAGACUAACAGUUUUCAAAAACAGGGACCCAACAGUGAAACGGAUAGUGGUGUUGCAAAGGAGAAUUGCCCCAACUUUUGAUGCACUUUUGGAUUAUCUCUCUCAAAUUAUGCAGUUUCCAGUUGUGAAGCUCUUCACCCCAGAUGGAAGACGGGUUGAGGGCCUUGCAGGCCUCAUCCUGUGCUCCGGUGUGGUGGUGGCAGGAGGCACUGAGCACUUCAGGCUGACCAACUUCAACUUCCAGUCAGGAGGAGCACUAAAUCCCACUCAGGCAGCCUUCACAAUGGAACAACCCAGAGCCCCGACUCAAAUAUACCAAAAGAAUUCUCCAAGUAGCAGCGCAAGGUCGAGGAAAUUCUCAUUGUCAUCAGAGAGAUACAUUGUGAAUCAAAUAAAGAAGUCCCUCAGUGAAAGUCUCUCUGAACACGAAAGUCACCAUUCUGGGUCUUUGGGCACCUUCCUAAACCGCCCCACAGAAUCUGUGGACAUGGAUCCCCCUGAGUGCACAUCAGGACUCAACAGGAGAGACUGUCCAGCAAUGCCAUCCGAGGACGACAUUGAAAAAUCCUUCCGUGUGAACCAGGAUGGGAGCAUGACGGUGGAGAUGAAAGUGCGCCUCACACUAAAGCAAGAGGAGAUGGUACACUGGACCACUACACUGAGCCGCACCACUGUGUCCUGUCAGUACCUGGGGUCGUGCACCCUGCACUCUGUCUCUGGUCCCAACUCGCCAGAUGUCAGCAACGACUCAUCCCGAAACGCUGGCGGGCACAACGCAGAGAGGGCCCCUGAGGCAAGUCACUGUCAUACCGCAACAGAGAGGACAGUCGCUUUCACAGAACAGGUGGACCAUUACUGCAGCAGUGCCAAGGCAGAGACCUCCAGGAACCUCAAGUACAGCAGGCGGACUCCUACACCAGGACCGCGACAUGUGAAAAGUCACAGCGCAUCGGUGGAGAAUAUCACAACAGUCACAGAGACUGCGGUUCAAGAGAGCACUGUGGGUACGUACUCUUACAUGGAGCACACGGCAGAGGGAGAUGUGACUGAGGGAUACUGUGUCGUCAGUCGGAGCAGUGCCAGUAGCAUCAGGCCUGUACCAAAACCCAGAACAAUGGGAUCCGCAGAGGGCAAGAAAAACACCUUACAUCCUACAGUCAGGGCGUCUGGAGUUGCAGACGCACUGCAGAUCCACAACAGCGAUGUCACAGAAACUGUUAAGUAUGUAUAUGAGACACAGUCCCAGGGUAACUAUGAAAACUAUCUAGCAAGCCCUCAGCACAGUUUGCAGAAAAGGCCCAGUCCGGGUAACUCACCACGCGCACAAAGUAAACAAGCCUCCACAGACUCUGGCCCUUGUUCAUCGAAUAAUGACUGUGAUGUAGACCUGACAAGACGAUCAACUGCGUCAGAGUCUUCUAGUGGGAAAAAAGAUGAAAUGUUCUCACUUUCAUCAGGUAGUAUGCCUCCUCCUCAGCAGCAGCCUAAAACUGCAUCAGAGUCUUCUAAUGGGAAAAAAGAUGAAAUGUCCUCACUUUCAUCAGGGAGCAUGCCUCCUCAGCAGCAGCAGCCUAAAACUAAGACAUCAACGAGCAGUAGUAGGAGCGCUGCACAUCAAUCCCCAUCAGUAAAUGAGGACAUUAGGAGUAAAACUGAAAGUGUGACAAAGAGAUCCGUAACAUCUACAUCACAGAAAAAGUCAUCCCCUCUAUCCUCCAGGUCAGAACGAGGGCAAAGGAACACAGGAACGACAGAUUCUGACAAUGUAGCAAAAACAAGGAGUUCGGCAGAAAGUUUACAAAACAGAAAAAUUAGCAGAGUUAAAAAUAGCGAGAGGAAUAAUGGAACACCUGCCAGUAAAAGUACCAAUUCAGCAUUGUCAGCAGAACAAUCGCUAAAUUUAAACGAGGGUGCAGUGGGAGACCUGUCCUAUAAUUUAAACAACUCUGAUUCUGAGAAGCCAAAAGAACCAUACAGGAAAAAUGUCCAGGACAUCCUGAUGUCUCUCCCUCCUGGUCAAACGACCGUUCCAAAACAAAAAUCCUUAAGUAACGACAGAGGCAGAUCACCUAAACGGAGGAGGGAAAUCAGUGAGAGUGCUUCAAUGCCUUUGCUUUGCUCCACUCCUCCCGUUCAACAGUAUGUAGAAUCCUGGCUCCAACAAGUGCAGCCAGGAAUUGUGCCCUACAUGGAAGAGUUGUAUCUUACAGAGGCAGAAAAUGGUUGUCAGACAUUAGAAGGGCUAUCAACACCAGCUGACAAUGACUUAUCUAAAGGGUCUGAGGAAAUUCCUUGUGACGAAGAGGCAAGUUUACCUGCUGAGGAUCUAUCUGUUGAUAAAGCUGAGCAAUAUCCAGCUGUACAGCUGCGGUGUGAGGGAGAGCUGCUUGGCGACGAACCACAAGGAAUGAGAGGCUUUUGUAGAUCAAUGCCCAGUGUUCGAAUCCAUCCCGCUGAUCAGGACAGUAAAGCUAAACUUCAUAAAUCAACGGAAGCUUUGUUUCCACUUCCUGCUGAGAGUGAACCACCCAAUGAUGUUACACCAAACUUCACAGGAGGUAUGAAGCCAAUGGUACAGCAGCUGUGCUUGUCUCUGCAAUCUAUUCGACGGGUUUCCAGCCCCAUGUUGCCUGCCUCCUUGGAGAAAACUCGCAGCCUGCCCGAUUUCUCUGGUCAAGUGGCUUCUGCGUUUGGUGCUUCCUCUUUCAAACUCCUUUCCUUUCUGUCCGUCAUGACACUGAAGGAUGGUUCAGACAGUCUAGGAUCUCAGAUUUCACUGAGGAGUACCAACAGCUAUUGUCCAGAGGCCCUGAAAGUGAUGCAGUCCCUAGAAAAGCUUGCAACCACAGAGGAUGAACAAGAGCUCAGGGCCAGCCUAACAGACCUACGAAAAUCUACUUCUCCCAAAUUUCAGGAGAGCUGGAGAGAAUUCCAAGAGAAGUAUGACAUUCAGGACAGUCCGUUAGCGUCACCAAAAGGAACAGAACAGGAGUUUAUAUUGGAAGUGCAGUCAGAAACAAGUGACCAACGGAAAGAGAAAGCGUUUGAUAUUGAGCAAUUGAUGGAGGACCUGUCCAGUGUGUCUGAUGAACUGUGGCAAGAGUUAUCCUCUCUAGCUGAAGGAGAGGCAAUCUAUCACGAUCUAUCAGUUGCCACAGGUGACACGUUGCCCAUGAAUGCUCCAUGCAGCAGCUCCCUUAUUAAGGCCAGAGAUUUAAAGAGCAGGGAGGACAUGGAUGUACCAUCUACAGCCGAGACAAAAGAGGAGGAUGGGGCUGGAGACCAGAUCAAUAACCCAGCGCUAGAGGAUAAUGCCCAGGACAGCCCACCUGUAGGGGAGUGCAACAUGUAUGUGGGAAGCUGGCUGGAGAAGAUGCAACCUGAGCCAAUCAUCUGUGUGGAGGAGGUGGACCAUGCCGAGGCCGAAUAUCAAGAUAGGGCCGUGUUUAAAAUAGGCCCCGAUACCACAGAAGAGUCGGAGGACGUGAGUGCCUCAGAACACCUCUCCGCUGAGGAAGAGGGUUUGUCCACUGAGGAACAUGCAGAUAAACAGCAACGACGUACACCGUUCUUGCAGGUCAAAUGUGAAGUAGAGCUGCCCAGUCACAAAGGUCAGAGCCCGAGAGGCUUCUGUAGAUCCAUGCCGAGUGUUCGCGUCCAGCUGGCCGAUCAGGACCGCAAUGAGAAAAUGCACAGGUCAACUGAGGCUCUGUUUCCACUUCAGGGUGAACCACCCAAUGAUGUUACACCAAGCUUCACAGGAGGUAUGAAGCCAAUUGUACAGCAGCUACGCUUGUCUCUGCAGUCCAUUCGACGGGCUGUCAGCCCCAUCUUGCCUGCCUCCUUGGAGAAAGCUCGCAGCCUGCCUGACUUCUCUGGUCAAGUGGCUUCUGUGUUUGGUGCUUCCUCUACCAAACUCCUUUCCUUCCUGUCGGUCAUGACACUGAAGGAUGGUUCAGACAGUCUAGCAUCAUCACAGAUUUCACUGAAUAGUACCAACAGUUACUUUCCAGAGGCCCUGAAGGUUAUGCAAUCUCUAGAAAAGCUUGCAAGUACAGAGGACGAACAAGAGCUCAGGGCCAGCCUAACCGACCUACGAAAAUCUACGUCUCCCAAGUUUCAGGAGAGCUGGAGAGAAUUCCAAGAUAAGCAUGACAUUCAGGACAGUCCGUUAGCAUCACCAAAAGGAACGGAACAGGAGUUUGCACUAGAAGUACAGUCAGAGACAGGUGGAGAAAAAAAAACUGAGGAAAAUUCCUCUGUUCUUGAACAGUUGAUGGAGGAACUGAGCAUGUGUGAAGAGCUGCGACAGGAGAUAGCCUCUCUUGUUGGGGAAGAGGUACCUUACCAAGAUGGAACAGAGCCUUCCACUAGCACUGCUGAAGAAGAUUCACAUACAGAGUCAGAGGACAUAGAUAGGGAUCGGUUUCUCACUCCUAUUUCUGAACCUGAACAUAAAGAGAUCGAAAAAGGCUCUGAGUCUUUUAAAGGCGAUGUCGAUACAGACUGUCAGUCAGAGCAAGCCAAAUGUGAGUUAAGUGAAGAAGACAUUGCCGCAGUGGAAACAGCUGUCAACACAGACAGUCCUGUGGAAGAGGAAGACGGCCACAUACAAGAGGACGGCUGUCAUGAUGAACUGGCUGCUAAUUUCACACAAGCGCCUUCAUCUGCUGAAGAAAAGGAGGCCUCGCCUGUGAGCUCCAGUUUAGACGAGGGUGUUAGCUCUCACAGUGGAAAUGGCGUCAGUCCCAGUGAGAUGGAGGACAAAAGCCCAGAUUCCCAGAUUGAUGCCCAGAUUCCGGUAUUGCCCAGAAAAAUAUACAGCUCUGGGGAGUACUCCCAAGAAUUCCUCGACUUUGUCAAUAAAGCUCUGCUGUCAUCUACCCUAGCUUUCACCUAUGACUGUGAUGGCAAUUUGAGAAUACAGCCUGAAAUAUGUGGUGAUGGAAUGUGCAUUAGAUCCAGAAUGGACGCAGAGAGUGAGUAUGGUUUGAAGCGACUACCCAGCCCAUGCACCUCUGACCUGUCUGACUACAGACCUGAAACAGCCGACAGUGUAGCUAGCAGGCUCCAGUACUCAGCAGAUUCAUCAACAGGAAAUGAAGAAGUAGAUACAAUCUCACAGAGAUCACAACAUGAAACUGAUGAAGUUGGUGAACAUUCACACGACCAAGGCAGUGCUUCUAGUGCUGAGAACAGGCGUGAGAGCUCUCCACCUGGUGUGAAGUCAAAUAUUAGCCCAGAGUCUGAUGUUAAAAGUGUAUGUAGCCUUAAGUCCAAUGAGGACCCUCCACCUAUAGAUCCUCACCCCCAGGACAUUGCACACUUUAGCACGUCGAGUUCAGGGAAGGGAGACUCAGAGUCUGUGCAGUACAUGUCUUUCACUAAAACAGAGCUCAGCGAGGGUGUGCUCAUUGACAAAGGGCGGUGGCUGCUGAAGGAGAACCACCUGAUUCGGACGUCCCCUCCUCAGGCCACGGAGAUGUACGGUCAGGUGGACUCCUCCUCUGCCCACUCGGCCCACAGCCACUCCAGUGAGGAAGGCCCUGCCUCGCAGCAUGCCAACCAUCCUUCCGCCAUGCUUGUCUAUUCCUCAUCCGAGCUCGAGGAGAUGGCUAAGCCACCGACGCCCAAAUGCACCUACUUCACCAUACCACACAGCAGCGACUCUGAUCCGUUCCACGAUGACGGGUGUAGCAUCGGCAGCAAGCAGGGAGACAGCAUGAGAGGGACCAACAAGGUCUUUCCGCAACAGGAACCGCCAAAAACGUGGGCGAGGAAAAACAGCAGCUUGUCCUCGUUCGCCUCGGUAGAGUUCAAACUUCCAGAUGGAAAAAUACACCCAGAAGUGGCGCCAAUAGUGGAGCGAGCCCCUCGGUCACAGGCCGUCGUGGAAAGAAGGUUACAGGAGCAGGAGCCCACAGAGUCGUUGAGACUGAGAUGUGGCCAGCUGCACUGCCCUAUCCUGUAGGCCCAAAUUCAUCUACUUACGUUUGUUCUUCCUCUCUAGAGGGAGAAGCACAUAUACCAUCAUGGAAGUUAUUUGGAAUGAAUGAACUUGCAAACUACGUACGUAUGUGAAUGUAUUAAGUUCAGGGUGACAAUGACAAUAUUGCAUCUGGAAAUACACUGAUCCUUCACCAAGGGAGCUGGUUGUUUAAAAUGAUGGUGCCUGGUAACUAUGUUUCAAAGAAUGUUUGGAAAUACUAUUUUAUGACUGCUUGAAGGCAUUUUACUGCACAGGAAGGGAGCUCGAUAGAUCCCAUGCUAAAAUACUUGAACGUACCUAGCCUCCUAAGUGGUAUUCCUUUAUUUUAUUUUAGUAAUAGAGUCCAUUAUAUUUUCUCAGACUUUCAAUUCAUACAGUUGACAACAUUAAAGUUUCAUCAACUACAUUGAAAAGUGCUGUGGCAUCUACAGUACCUGACAGUUGAAUGUGAAAGAUGUCCUUCUGAGUAGUCACAAAGACAAAGCCACUACAUUAAUUAUUAAUCAUGAAAUGAUUCAUGGAUGAGGAGCAGCUAAGUGCAUCAUAUCUGCACACUUUUUUCAAGCAUUUUAAUUUUUGCAACAAAAUAAGGGAACGUGUGUUUAUCUAAUGUGUAGUUUUUGUUGUGGUUAUUAUUCCAUACCUCUCAUUUAUUACGUGUAUUGUGUAUACGUGUGCUGAAUGGUAGUGUGUAUAUACCUAUGUUAAGUGUCUGGAUGUCCACUGGUGCUGUGCUGUGCUGGUUACUUUUAACGAUGCUCAGGAAAAAAAAUAUUGGUUGAUUAAAUCCCAUGAUAUGGACUUGAAGGUUUUUCUGUUUCUUUUGAGGUGUUAAAAGCGGUGUUGAUUUUAAAUGUACUAGUGCCAUUUUCGAAUGAAUGCAUGUUACCCAACUGUAAAGCUAGACAGUGUAAGGCAAUGACAGUAACAUUGACUGAUACUGUUAAAACAUUUUUAUUUGUUUCUAAAAAUCUAAAUGAUUUAAAUGUGUUCUGAUUGUCUGAUGUCUAGUUAUCUUUACAACAAAUACAGUGUUUGUAAGUGAUGUUCAAAACAUACGGUAGCUUCCUAUGAUGUAAUGUUGUACAGCUUUCUUAAACAAAUGUGUUACAAAAACACUAUGUAAAUGUACUUGUGUCUGGUUAUACAUUACAUUUUCAUUUGACUCUACACACAGUUUAAAACUUGGCAAUAAAUGAAGUGCAGUAACAUGAAUGAAGGCAGCUAUAAUGUAGUACCAUGCUGUUUUAAGAAUGGGUUCAUUAAAUAUUU